AUGGGGAAGGGGAUGUGGAUGUGGCUGUUGUUGGUGGUGGUGCUGCUGCUGGCAGGGGGGGCGGAGAGGGUGGGGGCGUAUAGUGACUGCGAGGAGGACGACAUCUACGGGCUGCAGGGGCACUGCGGGGAGGCCGUGCGGGCGGGGGUGCCGCCGGCGGAGCCCUCCAGCGACUGCUGCUACUUCGUGGAGCAGCGGACAAGCCUCCCCUGCGUCUGCAAGAACCUCGUCGGUGAGGGCGUCGAGAAACGCCUCAGUAUGAACAAGCUUGCCCGCGUCGCCGCCCUCUGCGGUGUCCCCCUCAAGCCCGGCACCAAGUGCGGAAGUACGACCCCUCUCCCUCUCCCUCUCCCUCUCCCUCUCCCUCUCCCUCUCCCUCUCCCUCUCCCUCUCCCUCUCCCUCUCUCCUCUCUCUCUCUCUCUCUCUCUCUCUCUCUCUCUCUCUCUCUCUCCCUCUCUCUCCUCUCUCUCUCUCUCUCUCUCUCUCUCUCUCUCUCUCUCUCUCUCUCUCUCUCUCUCUCUCUCUCUCUCUCUCUCUCUCUCUCUCUCUCUCUCUCUCUCUCUCUCUUACCCCAUCUCAGCCACUCAUCCUCUCUGUAACUCCCUGGGUUCGCUCUCCCUGUUACUCCCUCCAACCUCUCUCUCUCGCUACAUUUUUUCUACUACCCUCUACUCUUGUCAGCUCUCUCCCUGUAACUCCUCUCUCUCUCUCUCUACAUUUUUUCCACUACCUCUCUACCAUACGUCCUUUUCACUCUUACCGUUCCCUCCCUCUCUCCCUGUAACUCCUCUCUCUCUCUCUCUAACUCCAUUCUCUCUCUAUCUCUGUAACUUCCCCUCUCUACCGCGCUCUCUUUCUCUCUCUUACUCCCAGAUGAGCUGGUUUUUUCUUUUGAAUCCCAGGUUAUAAGGUCCCGGCAAGGCUCUGA